AUGGCGGGUCGCUUCCUCCUCGGCCUUCUCUCUCUAUCCGUGGCGCUGGGCGGGGCGGUCCCCCUGAAAGUCCUCUUCUACAAGGAUACCUGCCCCGGGGCGGAGCUCAUCUCCCGGGACGUCAUGGAGAAGCACCUCCGGAGGGACCCCACCAUUGCCGCGGGCAUCAUCCGCAUGUUCUUUCACGAUUGCUUCGUGAGGGUGAGCACCACUUGUUCUUGCUUCUUCUCCGGCGCCGGCGAGAUGCCUGACCCGGAGAAUCUUCCAGGGGUGCGAUGGCUCCGUUCUCCUCGACACCACCGGCGACACAGUCGCGGAGAAGGAAGCCCCCCCAAACCUAACCCUGAGGGGCUUCGAGGUCAUCGACGACAUCAAGGCCGCCCUAGAGAGGAAGUGCAGGGGCACAGUCUCCUGCGCCGACGUCCUGGCCAUGGCCGCCCGCGACAGCGUGGCCCUCUCCGGCGGCGCUGCCUACGAGGUACCCACCGGCAGACGGGACGGCGUCGUUUCGGAUGCAUCGGAGGUCCACUUGCCCGGGCCCUCCUUCUCCAUUCUCGAAGCCAUUAAAGCCUUCGAGGGGAUCAAUCUCACAGUCGUAGACCUCGUCACGCUGCUUGGUAACUAAGAGCAUACCUUCAUCUUCUACAAUGUUAGAAGGCCUAAUUCUUUUAAAUUUCCAACAGGUGCUCACAGUAUAGGGCUCUGUCACUGCGGCUUCUUCGUCGACAGGCUCUACAGCUUCCAGGGAACCGGCAUGCCGGACCCAUCCUUGGACGCCGGCCUCCUCGCAGCCCUCCGGCAGCGGUGCCCAGACUCCGCCGCCGCAGCGGAGAACAUAUCGGCGGACCCGACCGUGUUCAUGAACCAAGCGACCUCCUCGCCCUUCACCUUGGACAGCUCCUUCUACCGCGGCGUCCUCCACAACAGGGCGGUGCUCCAGUUGGACCAGGAGCUCGCCUACGCCGACCUCAGCAACAGCCUGGCGGCGACGUUCCUGACCAGGCCCAAUCUCUUCAUCUGGAGUUUCUCCAAGUCAAUGAUCAGGCUGGGGAACGUGGGAGUGCUCAGCGGCGACCAGGGGGAAAUAAGGCUAAACUGCCGACAAGUCAACGGCGUCGCGUAG